AUGCCCUUGUCUUCGGAUUUCAGCAAGUUUUCACAUCCCUUACAGCCAUAUAUUAACGGCGAAUUUAUCGACAGCGUCGGCGCGGAAAAGCAUACGCUCAUAUCUGCAGUCAACGACCAGGUCAUUACCAAAGUUAGUAAAGAGGCACAUAUAGGCCUUCAUAAGGCUGCUGCGAUUACCAUACGCAAGCCUUAUAGCAUUACCGCUGGCAUCUGUGCAUAUAACGCGCCACUCGGCAUCUACGCUAUAAAGGCCGGGCCGGCCCUCCCCGUAGGCAACGUCAUCAUCAUCAAAGCGAGCGAGACAAAUCCCCUCAGCACGCUACUUGCCGUUUCCCUUGCGUCUCAGGCCGGGAUUCCCAAUGGUAUUAUUCGGUGCAUCACCGGUGGCUUAAAACCAGGCAAAGCGCUGGUGGCGGUGGCAAAGAGAAAUCUGAAGUCGAUAACACUCAAGCUUAGCAGCAAGUCGCCAGUCGUGGUCUUCCCUGAUGCAGAUCUAGACAAGGCGGCACAAAACAUUGCUGGCCAGCUCUUCAUCCUCAACGCUAAAGUCUGUUCUACUGGAAGUCGCAUUUACACCCACGAAUCCAUCGUCGACGAAUUAGUCGCCAAGAUGAAGGGGCUCGCGUGGUCAAUGAGGAAGUUGUUAGACCAAUACUUAUUAUUAGUUGGAAACAGAGCGGGCAGGGAGUCGAGUGCGGGACAGAGGCGUUGGAUGAUUGGACCCAAGUCAAGACAGUAUCAAUUGGGGUAUACCACCGCCGCCUAA